UUCAGUAGUAAACGACGAAAGCCAGGGCUUGUGGAAGACACGUGCUCUAUCUGCUAAGAACAAAUUUGCUAUUUUUAUUGAAAAGCAAAGCGAAUAAUAAUGGGCAAGAAAUCAAAGCAAGUAACUCAAGAAGAAGAAACUGAUGUGAUGGAAACAUCACAAGUAGAGGGAAAAUCAGACAAAAGCAGCUAUGAAGAGCUAUUAAAUCACGUCAGCAUUAUUGCUAAACCUAUGGCCAGCAGAAAGCUAACUAAACGAAUUUACAAAUUACUCAAAAAAGCUGCUCCACACAAAGGUUAUGUGAGAAACGGGCUGAAGGAUGUGCAAAGGAGGAUUCGUCUUGGUGAAAAAGGGUUAGUUGUGUUUGCUGGUGAUGUUACUCCUGUAGAUAUCAUGUGUCAUAUGCCUGCAGUGUGUGAAGAAAAAAAUAUCCCUUACAUAUACACUCCAUCAAGACUUGAACUUGGGCAUUCUCUAGGCUUGAAACGCACAUCUUUGAUGGUGCUUGUUAAAGAACAUCCUGACUACCAAAGUUCCUAUGAUGAACUCACAGCAGAAAUCAAAGCCUUGCCACCACAAUAUUAAAACAUUUCAUUUUCAUACAAAUUUGUCCUUCAGUUAUCUUUUGACAAGAAAAUCAAUACAUUUUUUCAGAAUUUG